AUGGGGGCGCGCUCUGCUUCGGUGGUGCGCGCACCAUCCAUGAAUGAGAAGUUGGGGUUGACCUUGGCUAAGGGUAACGCAGCUGUUUUGGUAUUGGCAUCGAUAUUAAUAUCAUCAUGCUGGUGCGCAUCAGCGAAAGCGAUGUAUUCAGAUGCGGAGGCGCUGGCGGAGUUCAAGAACUCGUUGACACAUACGGUGGCCCUGAGCAGUUGGGACCCAACCAUAAACCCAAAGCCACCUUGCUCUGGCAACAUUUCCAACUGGGUAGGCCUGUUUUGUUUGAAGGGCAAUGUUUGGGGUUUGCGCCUCGAGAACAUGGGCCUAACAGGCAACAUCGACGUAAUGUCUCUGGCUUCAAUCCCCGGUCUCCGCUCGGUUAGCUUAAUGAACAACACCUUUGUGGGUCCUUUGCCUAGCGUCAGGAUGUUGCCAAAUCUCAAGGCCCUCUUCCUGUCCUACAAUCAUUUCUCAGGAACCAUACCCGACGAUGAAUUUAAGGAUUUGCGUAAAUUGAAGAAACUUUAUUUGUCUAACAAUGAGUUCACAGGUCAAAUUCCUUCCUCUAUUGCCACCUUGCCUAGUCUCCUCAUCCUCAGGCUCGACUCAAACAAGUUUCAAGGACAAAUCCCUCAAUUUCAAAACACUGAUAAUACUUUGAAGGUGCUCGACUUUUCUAACAAUGACUUGGAGGGUCCCAUUCCGGCCAAGCUAAUCGCCUUCGGCACCUCCUCAUUUAGCGGAAACCCAGGACUAUGCGGGGCGCCCUUGACGAAUGAGUGCCAGGAGGCAGCCACACCAUCCAAAAUGCGUCUUCUAAAAAUUUUACUCGGUGUGGUCACGAGUGCAUUGAUAAUAGUCAUUCUGGUUGCAUUGUUGGUCAUAUGUCAGUUGAGGUCGCAAACGUCCCAACUGCAACACAAACAACCUGCAGCAGGUCAUCAGGCCUCAACGUUGCAGGGCCAGGGCCAAGCCUCCAACAAAUGUGUUCCUCCCAUUAUUGUCAAAACUAAAAGCCUAGCGGAUCACGACAAUGGUAGUGCCGGGCAGGUGUCAUCAGAUCAUGGUCAUGGACAUGCACAAGCACAUUCCAGGAGGGGGGAACAAGGCAAACUGACAUUCCUCAGGCAUGACCAACCCAGGUUUGAUUUGCAGGAUUUGCUUAAGGCCUCCGCUGAAAUUUUGGGAAGUGCAGGAUUUGGAUCCUCCUACAAGGCCGUCAUUUUAGACGGUUACGCCUUGGCUGUCAAGAGGUACAAGCAAAUGAACAAUGUCCCGAGAGACGAGUUCCACGAGCACAUGAGAAGACUAGGCAAUCUUAACCAUCCCAAUCUCCUCCCUUUCCUCGCCUAUUAUUAUAGAAAGGAAGAAAAGCUUCUACUCUCUGCCUUUGUUCUCAACGGUUGCUUGGCCAGUCACCUUCACGGCAAUCAUAACCAUCAAAAGCCGGGACUUAAUUGGCCAACUCGCUUGAAAAUCGUGAAAGGUGUAGCUAGGGGUUUAGCUUACCUGUAUAGUGCACUCCCAAGCGUGAUUGUGCCUCAUGGCCAUCUCAAAUCUUCCAACGUGCUUUUGGAUGAAUCCUUCGAGCCCCUGCUCACCGAUUAUGCCCUCAGUCCCGUCAUCAACCUUGACCAUGCCCAACAAAUCAUCAUGCCUUACAAAUCUCCCGAGUAUGCUCAACUUGGACGCAUUACAAAGAAGACUGAUGUGUGGAGUUUUGGAAUUCUGAUACUGGAGAUCUUGACCGGAAAAUUCCCUGCGAACUAUCUCACACUUAGGCAUAAUACUGAUUCUGACAUAGCCAGUUGGGUAAAUACCAUGAUUACUGAGAAACGCACCAGUGACUUGUUUGACGCAGAGAUGGGAGGAAUCGGAAAUUGUAAAUCUGAAUUACUCAAACUCCUGAAGAUUGGCUUGAGUUGUUGUGAGGAGAACGUGGAAAGAAGGCUUGAUAUCAAGGAAGCUCUUCAGCUAAUCGAAGACUUGAAAGAGACUGAAAAUGAUGCUAUUAUUGGAGAAUACUCCUCCACUCUCAUCACCGACAAAAAUGCUUAUAGAGCUCUGUGA